CCCUCGUAUAAAAGCACAAUAAAACGUUGCAAACGACAUCAGUUCCUUCGCAUAGCUUCAGCAGAGCGUUGUGUGAAAACAAAGGAUCAUUUUUGACGUAUACACAUACAACUGAAUCAAUAAAUCACAACUAUGAUUUUAAGUUUGCUGAAAAUUUGCGCUUUUCUAACGGUUCUUCUAGUCAGCUUGCAACAUAUUUCGGGGCAACAGGCUGUUUGCGGUCCAGCCAUAGACGCAGCACUCAGUCUUAUGUGCGAAAACGGCUAUAAUCCGAAGUUCAAGAAAUCACUGGAAUGGGAUGACAUAGGUAACACUGAGCCCAAGGGACUGUCGCCCUUCGGCAUGAAGGACUUUCACUUCUUAACCAAACUUCAUGGCGGACAAGUCGAUACAGUAGCUAAAACUCGUCGUCGCCGGGAAGGUGUCUACGAUGAAUGCUGCCGCAAAGCCUGCUCCUACAGCGAGUUGUUAUCCUACUGUCAAUAGGCUUUUCCAUUUCUAAAAUCUUGUAACUGACUACCACGUUAAAUGAGUUUGCACAAGCCCUACCGAAUCGUGCACACACUUGCAGACACGUUGCGAAGAUACUAAACUAAACUAAGAGGCGUUCUGAAAUACUUAUGCUACAUACAUACAUGUGAAUUAAUAUAUAUGAAAAAACUAAAUAAAAAAAUAUAAAAUUAAAAA